AUGUUAAAGAAUAAAUUUAACGCAAACAGUAGUAAGUCGGGUGAAAGAAUCGUUAGUCAACCAAUUGAACUGCAAAAAUUAUCAAUUGUUAACAAACAACAAAAAACAAAAAAUGCUUCUACUCCUACCACAACUCCGUCUUCUUCCCCAAGGAAAGCUAAUCCAAUUCAAUUCCCAAUAUCUGUAGAAUCAAGUCCAAAGAAAUUCAAUAAUAAUCAAAAGAUCCCUGACAAAAAUAACAAAGAAACAGAUGAAGAACAACAAGCGCCAAAUGAUCAGGAUCUAAUUUAUCAAAUGGCUUCUAAACAAAGACAAAUCAUUGAAUUAGAAACGUUAUUGAAUAAAGCUAAAAAUGAGUUUAAACAAUUGGAAAAUGAAUUUAAAUUAUCUUUAAACACUGAUGAUAAUUAUAACGGUGAUGAUAUUUUAAAUGAAAACGAAAGUGAAAUAAACAAUGGCAAUAACGGUAGAAACCUGGGGAUAAUAGGCCUGAAUAAUCAUAGUAGCACUAGUAUUAACGUUAACAAUGCCACUAAAUGGUUAUCAAGUGUUCAAAAAAGAAUUAAUGAUGUUAAUAAUUCACCAAACGUUAUUAAAAGUAAGAAAAAUAUAAGUAAUUUCUUUACUAAUGUUUCUAGUAAUAAUAAUAAUAAUAAUAAUAAUAAUAAUAAUAAUAAUAAUAAGAGCAAUACAGAUGAAACUAUAUAUGAAGGUGAGAAUGAUGAUAUUAGUACCAUCAGGAACAGAACUAGAAUGAAUCAGAAUAAGAAUUUGGAAAUAGACCCAGUAGAGGAUGAAGAAGAAGAUAAUGAUUACAAUAACAAUGAGGCAAGUAUAGGUUUGAAAUCUACUUCGAAUAAUAGAACUUUUUUAGGGAAUCUUAUAAAUAAAUUCAAUGAAAUAAAUGUUGAUGAAAUGGAAGAACAAGAGUUCGAUGAAUCCCAAAAUAAACAACGAAACAACUAUUACAUUAAGGAAAGUUAUGAUUACGACAUUGAUCAAGAUCAAGAUGCGAGUCGGCUAGAAGCUGAAGAAGACGAUGACGACGACAACCCAGCCUUACAAAACUUGGAUGGAAUUCCUAUCAGCUAUUUCAAGAGAUGA